GGGAGGAUUGGGCAGGCUGCUGCAGCUGCUGCCACUGGGAGCCUCUUAGGCAGGCAGACACCGUGCAGAGCGCACACAAAGAGCUCAGCCUGUGCAGACGUGUCACUGCGAGCAUCCUGCCCAGGCACUUGCGUUCGCUACUGAGGAGUUAAGGAAUCUAUUCCAGGAUGCCGCUGGAAGAGGACGGGCCGAGCUGGAAGAAAAGGACGGAAGAUAUUAGGGAUACCUAUGAAUUCCGGGAUGUACUGGGAACAGGGGCUUUUUCUGAAGUAGUCCUUGCGGAGGAGAAGAAAACGCAGAAGCUGGUAGCAAUAAAAUGUAUCCCCAAAAAAGCUCUGGAAGGGAAGGAAACCAGCAUCGAAAAUGAAAUAGAGGUAUUGAGGAAGAUUAAACAUACAAAUAUCGUGUCACUGGAGGACAUCUAUGAGAGCCGCAGUCAUCUUUACCUCAUAAUGCAACUGGUGUCUGGCGGGGAGCUGUUUGACAGGAUUGUAGAAAAAGGCUUCUACACAGAAAAAGACGCCAGUCAGCUUAUUAAACAGAUCCUGGACGCUGUGAAGUACCUGCAUGAUAUGGGGAUUGUACAUCGAGAUUUGAAGCCAGAAAAUUUGUUGUACUACAGUUUGGAUGAAGAUUCCAAAAUCAUGAUCAGCGAUUUUGGGCUGUCCAAGAUAGAGGGAUCCGGAAGUGUCAUGUCUACAGCCUGUGGGACACCUGGAUAUGUAGCUCCAGAAGUUUUAGCUCAGAAGCCAUACAGUAAAGCGGUGGAUUGCUGGUCCAUUGGCGUCAUAGCCUACAUCUUAUUGUGCGGCUACCCCCCGUUCUAUGAUGAAAAUGAUGCCAAACUCUUCGAACAGAUUUUGAAAGCGGAAUACGAGUUUGAUUCUCCGUACUGGGAUGAUAUUUCUGAUUCGGCAAAAGAUUUUAUUCAGCAUUUAAUGGAGAAGGAUCCCAACAAGCGCAUCACAUGUGACCAAGCCCUGGAACAUCCAUGGAUUGCUGGGGAUACGGCUCUGAAUAAGAAUAUUCACGAAUCCGUCAGUGAACAGAUCAGAAAGAAUUUUGCCAAAAGCCGGUGGAAGCAAGCGUUUAAUGCCACCGCCGUGGUCCGCCACAUGCGCAGACUGCAACUGGGGACCAGCCAGGAGGGGCCAGGGCAGACUACACCCACCAGCCCGUGUCAUGGUAACUUACUGGUGCCUGGAGACAACCAUGGAUCCCUUUCAGACAACUGUCAAGACUGCUGUUCCCAAAAAUCCCCCGAGAACAACUCUCUGACAUUCAACACCCAUCACUGCCCCCAAUCCAACCGGGUCUAGGAGUGAUCGAGGUGCAUCUGGGAUACAGUGCCACAGGAAGUAAAGGAAGGCAGCCUAGUUGAGUGUUGACCAGGGCUCGCCAACUACCAAGGGCAGACCUUCAAGCAAGGGCAGGCCUUAUCAAGCCACGGGGGGUGGGAGUGGGCAGGGCGGGCACUGGAAAGAGGCAGAAUCAGGCCCAUCUGUGCGUAUGCGUGAUCGUUCGUGAGCAUGUGUGUUUGACGAGAGCAAUUGCGGGCCUGAUGGGAAGAUGGAAAUGUUUACAGAUAAUCAAAGGGCGUCCUUGUUAUUCUUUUGUAAAAUGUUGCCUGCACAUGUACGUGGGUGUGGGAGUGUUUAAUUUUCUUUCUGUAUCAAGGUAUAGACUCUCGCUGCUGUAUAAUUUGGCUUCCAGUGAAGGCUCUUUUUUGAUGAUGCUGGGAAGAGGACGAAGUCAAAAAGGUCCAAAAUGGCACCUAGCUGGUUCAAGGACACCACAAAGUUUUUAUAGCGGUGAAACACUAGGCGGAAGUAUCCUCCAUUUUGUACUUGAUGGACUACGAAAGUGGUCUGAGAACAAGGGGCUUCUGCUUAAUCUGUCUUGGGAGGCUUUGACGUCGGUGAAAGUUUUACUUGUUCUUCCAGGCCAUGGGCGUGUUUUUCAGGCUUUAUUUCAUUUUCUUCUUCUUCAAAUUUGGUGCAGCUGCCUCUGCGGCCAACACUUCACGAGGAAAUGCGCUCUGUUUGUUGCAAGGCCUUCUGGGUAUUUCUACCAUUUUGAUGACUUUUUUGUUUUGUGUCUAGUGGUGAUAAAAUGCAAAACGUUCUAUGUAUCUCUUGCGAAGUUUGACACAUUUUAUAACGACAAAUCUGCUGGGCCAACCAGUAUUACCAAGUCAACCUAGUACGGGUCGAUGUGCUGGACGAGGAUUGGAAUCGGUGAAUGUAUUUAGAUGCAGAUCAGCAUAAGACAGUUAGAUUAGCCAAUGAGACACCUUGAAGCAUACCUCCAACCAAUUGCGGGUCUUCUUUGCUUGUUUCUUGAAACAGAU